GCUAAAUGCUAUCUACGAGUCGGUAGGCAUCCAUCAGAGAGUAUAACUCCCGAUCAAAAACAUCCGAUCGAAUCAGAAUGGUAAUAUCUCCAAUAACAGAAAGUCACGUGAGGUCCUCGCUCGUCCAGUACUAGUUUUGAUGGCAAACGGAAACCUCCACACCACCAACAGUCAUGUCCCAACCUUCACCAGUAUUAGAAGAAGCCAGAAACGCCGCAACAGCAAAGAAGUACGAGCUUGCGGAGUCCAAGUACAAGGAAAUCAUCUUAUCCAAUGAGUCCACCACCAAGUCGUUGCAAGAACAAGAAGCGGCCAUUUUGGAGUUAGGUAAGAUAUACGAAUCACAAGCACAACCAGAGAAGUUGAAGGAAUUGAUCUCUGAGUCUAGAAGUAUUUUGGGUAAAUUUGCCAAAUCCAAGACCGCCAAAAUCGUCAAGACUUUGAUCGAAGAUUUUGAUACCAUUCCUAAUGCCUUGGACUUGCAAGUUAGUGCCACUAAAGAAAGCAUCGAAUGGGCUGUUGAAGUUAAGUUGUCCUUCUUGAGACAAUCUUUGCAAUUGAAAUUGGCAGACUUGUUGUACCAGCAAGGGUUGCACAAGGAAGCGUUGAAGAUCAUAAAUGACUUGUUAACAGAAUAUAAAAGGUUAGAUGACAAGUCAUCCUUGGUUGAAGUCCAAUUGUUGGAAUCAAAGAUCUAUCACGCUUUAAGAAAUAUCCCCAAAUCCAGAGCAGCAUUGACCAGUGCCAGAACCUCUGCCAACUCCAUUUACUGCCCAACCAUACUUCAGGCCGAAUUAGAUUGUCAAAGUGGUAUAUUAAAUGCCGAGGAGAAAGACUACAAAACUGCAUUCUCAUACUUUUACGAAUCCUUUGAAGGCUUCAGCUCUCAAGACGAUAGCAAAGCUAUCGUGAUAUUGAAAUACAUGUUGUUAACUAAGAUCAUGUUGAACUUGAUUGAUGAUGUCAACAACAUCUUGGGUCACAAGAAUGUGAUCAAGUACCAAUCUAAAGAUAUUGAUGCUAUGAAGUCCAUUGCAACUGCUUACUCCAACAGAUCUUUGAAGGAGUUUGAAACUUCAUUAGUAACCUAUUCCACAGAGUUAAAGUCUGAUGCUAUUAUCAAGAACCACUUUAACGCCUUAUACGACAACUUGUUAGAACAAAACUUGUUGAAGAUCAUCGAAUCGUACAGCUGUGUUGAGUUAUCUCACAUUUCUAAAACUAUUGGUUUAAAUUUGCAACAAGUGGAAGGAAAAUUGUCACAAAUGAUUUUGGACAAAGUUUUCUAUGGAGUGUUAGACCAGGGUAAUGGUUGGUUGAUCAUUUAUGACGAACCAAGAAAGGAUGCUUCGUACGAGGCUUCGUUAGAUUUGGUCAAGAAUUUGUCUAACGUUGUUGAUUUGUUGUAUGAAAAGGCCUCAUCUUUGAACUGAUUUCAAGAUAUUUAAUGAACCUGGUCUAAAUUUUAUGCUUAUAUUCGAAUGUAAGGAAAUAGCCUGAGAUUAACUUGAAUGGAUAAGGCUUUAUUCACUUCUUGACUAAGUUCCUGUACUCCUAGAUUUUUCAUAAAAUACACGAAAUACAAAAAGCAAGCUG